UGCCACCCAUUUUGCAAGUAAAACCCGUAAACCAAAAGAAAAGUCUCCUAAGAAAUCCCCCCACCCUCUUCCUUCCGCUCUUUGCUUCUCGCCCUAAACCCCUCUCUCCUCUUCUUCUUCUUCUUCCUAGCCUCCGCCUUCGCUCUCUCCUCCGCUGCCCUCGCCGUGUCCGGUGAUGCCGCAGCUCCUUGCUAGCUCCGGCGAAGUCUCCGGCCACUACACCUCUUUAUUCUCUCCUGCAUUGCCGGUUUGAUUGGCAGAGCUCAGUUCCUCGAUCGAGCGGCCUGAUCGCGGCUAGAAUCAAUCCCAUGAUGAGGGACGGCCUAAGAUCCGGUAGCAAAUUCUUUGACACAACCAAGGAAGAUGAAGGAUUGGAAAGGAGAAGGACGGCCGAAGCUUCUAUCCAAGACGGAAUAGGGUUGAAGUUUGUGGAUGGGAGUAGCGGUACACACUGUAAAUUAAAGCAUUCCGGUGAAGAAGAUGAUUUAUUCCCUGACGUGAGUGUGAGACUGGAAAGAAAUGACCAAGACGAGGAAUGUGGUGAGCAGAGUGGCGCUGGUAAGGAUGCUACAGCCACGAGGAAAAGGGGCAGGGUAGUUCGUGAACUCGAGGGUGGAGAUGUUGAUGAUAAAAGGAAGAAAUUAAAGCAAGAGGACUCAGAUUGUCAAGGUAGAGCACUCCAGUCAAGCUCUUUGGGUGAAUCUGAGGGUGAAAAGCAUUUUGCGGAAGAUGGGUACAAGUCGUUAGUGCUCGGGAUUGGAGUGAAUGGAGUUAGUGACUCUGGAACCAGAACCUUUGAGAAAACCAACGAAGAUGAAGAUUUGGGAGGCAGAACUAAGCCUAAAUUGAAUGAAGAAUUUGUGGGAACAGAAAGUGGAAGUGCUAGUUCCCAAAAGAAGAGGGCGAAUGGAAAGGAUUUAGAUGGUCAUCUGCAAGUACCCCGUAGAGUUCUGCGGUCAAGCACUAUGAGAAAACCUGAGUGUGAAAAGGAUGUUGCUGGCGAACAGAAUAAGGUUGCAGCGGUUGAGACUGGGCCCCGUGGAGUAAGCAUGUGUGAAACGACAACUUUUGAGGUGAAAGAGCAGAAUGCGUUGGAGAAAGAGCUGGAUGGCAAUUGUGAUGGUAAAACAUCAGAGAGAGUAAAGGAUGAUGGGUUGGGAAGCAAGAGUGAAACUAACUCUAACGAGGAAGAAAGAGGCGCAAAUGUUGCAGAUUUUACUAGUGACAGGGAUGGUAAAUUGAUAGAUUCUGGCGAAGAAGAAAGUGCUUUAUUCGCUGAUCAGAAUAUCCUUCUGGAACGAAAUGAGAGAUCUGAGCCGAGAAUCAGGGAAUGCAACGUGCACAGUGGCAUGCAUGACAUUAAAAUUGUUCACAAUGCCGAUGAUGGGAGGGAAAAGAGUGAGAAAUAUGGUGGGACAAGUGGUGCUCUUGUACAGAAGACGAUGGCGAAGGGAAAAGAUUUGGAUGGUCAAAUGCAAAUCCCGGGCCGCAGGGUUCUACGAUCAAACACCACAGCACGAGCAGUGUGCGAGGAGGGUGUUGGUAAAGAAUUGAAUGAUGUAUCAGGGGUUGAAAUUGGGGCCAAUGAUUGUAAUCGAUCUGAAAAGUUAACCUCUGAGGUUGCAGUAGAGCUGCUUGACGAGGAGAGCUGUUUUGGUCCGCCAAUUAAUAAUGAGAAUCGAAUAAAGCGAAAGCGAGGAAGACCACCUAAGGUUUUGCUUGAGGGAGAAAAUGAUGCACCCCGUAAACGUGGAAGACCAUCCAGGGUUUCCCCUGCGAAAGAAACUGAUGUGCUCCGUAUGUGUGGAAGAGAGCCCAAGGUUUUGUUCGAGGGAGAAACAGGUACAACCCGUAAGCGCGGAAGACCCUUUAAGGUUUCAGGGUCGAACAGUAUGGAGAAGAUCAGAAUGAAGCAUGAGAAGAGGGUAGAAGUUGAUGCACUACGUAAACGAGGGAGACCUAGGAAGCUUCUGUUGACUGAUGACUGCAGUAAUAAUGUAGUGUCAAAGCAAGUGAAAAAGGGAAAAGGUAAUGUGAACCAUAAGCUUGGGAGGCCACCCCAGGUUUGGCGCAGCGACCUGUCGGAGAGGAUUGAUGUGAAACAGGGGAAAAAGGGGAAGACAUCAAAGCACAGGCGUGGAAGACCUCGUAAGGAUUAUGGGCAUACAAUUGCCAAAACUAACGAGGAUGCAGCUUUCCUACAUGGUGUGCAUCAAACUGCUGGAAAAGGACUCUGCGACAAUAAUUCUGACGGGGAGAAACAUUCCACAUCUAAGGAGGUAAAGUAUACCGAUGAAGAUUUGGAACAGCAGAAAGCUGAACCGAAGGCUGGAGACCGUGGAGCAAGGAAGCUGGAAAAGCAAUUGGUCAGAGAUAAAAUUGUGGAAAUGCUGUUGGGUGCUGGCUGGACAGUUGAGUAUAGACCCCGUGAAGGAAGAAAGUACAAUGAUGCAGUUUAUGUUAAUCCUGAAGGAAGAACUCAUUGGUCGGUGACCUUGGCGUACAGGGUGCUUAAAGAGCAUUAUGAUAAUGGUGGUGGUGACUAUGCAACUUGCAAACCUGGAUUUAAGUUUACUCCACUUUCUGAUGAAGAGCUAGAGAUUCUGCGUAGAGUAGUUUCGAAAGUGAGGUGUGAUAAAAAUAAAAAGAAAAAAGAUUGGAGGCUGGAGAAGCAGGGUUUGAAGAAAUCUGGUGCUCUUUCUAAGGAAAAAUGGAAAAAGAAACUUAAUAAGAAAAGACUUGGAAGCCAAGCAAAUCCCAGUGGCAAGAUGUUAAAGGGGAGAAAGAAGCCAAAUUUUUUGUCUGGACAGGGUGACUUAGUUGGUGCAUCUGACCAGGCAAGGGAAAAGAAACAUCGUAAAACACAUAACACAAAGCGAUAUGCUUUGAUGGUUCGUAACACCAUGGAUCUCUCAGGCUCUAAUAAAGGUGAUGGUUAUGUGCUAUAUGAUGGGAAACGAACUGUGCUGUCAUGGAUGAUUGAGCUGGGUGGUGUGCUGCGAUUUGCCAAGGUGGAGUACUCAAAAGGUUCAGAAACAAAGACAGCUUUUACUGGCUCUAUUACAACUGAUGGGAUUCGGUGUGAUUGCUGCGGUGGAACUUUUACAGUUCCUCAAUUCAGUAACCAUGCUGGUGGCAACUACUUUGACUCGUACAAUAAUACAUGUAUAGAAGAUGGACGUUCACUCUUGCAGUGCCAGCUAGACUCGUGGCUUAAACAAGACGAGCCUUUUCGUAGCGGUUUCCAUUUUGUUGACACUAGUGGUGCUGAUCCGAAUGACGACACUUGUGGUAUUUGUGGAGAUGGUGGAGACCUGGUUUGUUGUGAUGGCUGUCCAUCAACCUUCCAUCAGAGCUGCCUGGGAGUUGAGAAGUUUCCUUCAGGGACCUGGCACUGCAUAUAUUGUUCCUGCAAAUUUUGCGGGAAUGCAUGCCAAGAGGGUGAAGACAAUCCUACAGCUGCAGGCCCAUUACUUGAAUGUUGCUUGUGUCAGGAAAAAUAUCACACAUCUUGUGUACAGUCAAAGUAUGUUCAAGAUGAUGACCCAAUUCUAUCCUUUUGCGGAAAGAAUUGCCAAGAGUUGAAUGAGAGACUACAGUUGCUCCUAGGGGUAAAGCAUGAACUUGAAGAUGGGUUUUCAUGGACCCUUGUGCGACGGUUUGAUAUCGGGUCUGAUAUUUCUCUCAGUGGGAUCUCUCAAAAGGUCCAAUGCAACUCCAAGGUGGCUGUCGCUUUGCAGAUAAUGGAUGAGUGUUUUUUGCCCAUGGUUGAUCACAGAAGUGGGGUCAAUUUAAUUCGGAACAUUGUUUAUAAUUUCGGGUCAAACUUUACCAGACUGAACUAUGGCAGUUUUCUAACUAUAAUCUUGGAGAGGGGGGAUGAAAUGGUAUCUGCUGCAUCCAUUCGGAUCCACGGGAAUAAUUUAGCAGAGAUGCCUUUCAUAGGGACGCGCUACAUUUAUAGGCGGCAAGGAAUGUGUCGGCGGCUUUUAAGUGCAAUUAAAAGUGCUCUUCACUCUCUGAACGUAGAGAAACUGGUCAUACCUGCAAUAUCUGAAUUAAGGGAAACAUGGACAGGCAUCUUUGGUUUCGGGCCACUUGAAAGAUCAAGUAGCCCGACAGUUAGAAACAUGAACAUGGUAGUGUUUCCCGGUGUCGACAUGUUACAGAAACCAGUGCUGAUUCAUCACUCUGAUGGAGACGAUGUUGCUCCCGUUCAAGGUUUGAAAUUGAAUGAUUCUGAUGAUAGACGUCCAGCUAGAUUUGAUCUGAACAGUGCUUAUGAGCCCAAUGAACAUGUAGAUGGUAUUGAAUCUCAGUCACUAGGCUUGAACGAUACUUCUGUAGCACGCGAGUGUUCUGACUUGCCCCACAAUCCUAGUGAUCAAAGCUCCCUUGACCAAAUUGGUAAGGAUCCUGGUUAUGUGGAGAAAAACAAUGUGAAUAUGGAUCAUUGUCCUCCUAUUUCUGUUGAUGAUGCUGGGGAAAAAAAUGGUGAGGUCCCUGAACCUGCUGCAGUUAUUAAUGAGAGAAGACUUGAAAGCAAGUCGAACUUGGAAGAGACUGUAGUUGAUCUGAACCUGACUUCACAUGAAGAUUCUAACCAUAUUUCCGCCCAAAGCAUGGACUACGGAGACUGUGGUUUGGCUUCUGAGGCUGAGCUGUCAACUAGCAAAGCUAUGCAUCAAGGAUCCGAAACUGGAGUCUUGUCCGAUGGAAUACAUCAGCCAAGGUCACCGAUGGCUGACAAUGGCACUUCCUUGGCAGCUCAAACUGAAACUCUGCAGGUUAUGGGUACGGAUGAUGAUGUGGAUAACGGUAAGCUAACACAGUGUAGUUUGGAGCCGACGUGUUCUUCGAGCUCUGGCCAUGGGGUGGGGAUUCAUUUGCCUCUUGUGGGUACAGUGCGGGCAAUGCCCCAGAGGUGAAAAUACCAUGAAAUGAAGGGCAGCUUGUUGGCAAAGUAGAUAUUUGUUUGGGUUGGUUCCUAGAGGAGAUUAGUUUAGGAAUUUAGAAUGAUUUAGCUUUUGAAUUGCAGAGAAGGGCUUCCGUUUGUUGUGAGGCUUUCUUUUGGGGGCUGCAACUCUUCAGAAGAAUCAGGUAAAGUCAGUGAAUUGAGAGCAAUUGUUUGUGGAUGCAGGAUGGAGGUUAAGUGCAUUUUGGUAAUUAUCAUCUUAACCUAUUUUGUACAUGGAAUGGAACGAACCCAGUUUGCUGCUGUGGAAAAGCUAACUGUUUAUGAUGGUGAAGUCUUAUUGUUUUGUGAUUAACUGUUUAUGUUCCAUCCCCACUGCUAGAGGGAUGCUUUGUGUAUUUCUUAUCAAAGAACCAACACAUCUUGUCUUUGGAUCUGUAGGAGCAAUUCGUUUUUUUCUUUGUUGAUAAGGAUGAACGGGUCGGGAAUUGAAUCUUUUUGGGAACUUUCACAGUC